AUGAACAUCUUCACUAAAGUAUACGGACUAGCCCAACAAACCAGCAAGCUGGGGUCUGUGCUCCAACGUGCCUUCUACGGGUCCAGUGGGAGGGUGACCCUUUUCGAACAGCGUAAUUUUGCCGGCAGACGUCUGGACCUGAGUGCCGACUGCCAGAAACUAAGCGACAAGAACUUCCCAGAGAGAUGCAACUCUGUGCAGGUGGAGAAUGGAGCAUGGGUGGGCUACGAGCAGGAGAACUUCAGGGGACGUCAGUACCUGUGGGACAUGGCAGAGAAGGGAGAGUACAACUGCUACGACAAGUGGUGUGCCCAGGUGGACCAUGUCUCCUCGGUGCGUUCAGUCAAACAGGACUCGUCUCCUGCCCGAGCCCAUCUGUUUGAGAGGGCUGGGUUCUCUGGUAAGAGGACAGAACUACAGGAUGACAUCCCCAACAUGAUGACUCGCUACAGUCUGAACAGGGCUGCCUCUAUCCGUGUCCUGGGGGGGGCCUGGGUGGUGUACCAGGAGCCUAACUACAGAGGUCCCCACUAUGUCUUGGAGAAACGUGACUACAACAACGCCUCUGACUGGGGCUCCCAGAGCAGCACUGUGGGCUCCAUGCGACGAGUCCGCUUCAAUAACUAA